UUCCCUUUCCUGCACCCAAUCCCCCACCGCCACGUAGCUGAUGGGCUAAUCCCAGUGACAGCCACGUCAUCAUUUCCAAUUCCCCGCUCCAACUUCCCACUUCCCAGCCAACUGCCACUGAAGAGAAACCUCUCUCGGACGGACUCGGAGCUCUCCUCUCUCCUCAAUGAACUCCUGAAGAGUGGAAAAGGAAAAGCCUUUCUCCGCCAUGAUUUCGGUACCUUUCUCGCUGCGUCCAUCGCCGGCGGCAGGACUGCGGCGGAAACUCCCGAUUCGGUUUUCAAUUUCCUCAUCGGCGUCGGUGUCGAUCGAAUCCAACUCGACCCAGUUCGAUUUGCAGGCGUAUUGGACCUCCCUGAGGAAGGAGAUCAACCAGAAGCUGGACCAGGCGAUCCCGAUUCGGUACCCGGAGAAGAUCUACGAGGCCAUGAGGUACUCCACGCUCGCCGGAGGCGCCAAGCGCGCCCCGCCGGUCAUGUGCGUCGCCGCCUGUGAGCUCUUCGGCCUCAAUCGCCUCGCCGCUUUCCCUACCGCUUGUGCCCUCGAAAUGGUGGUUCACGCAGCCUCCCUGAUCCACGACGACCUCCCCUGCAUGGACGACGCCCCAUCACGCAGAGGCCAGCCCUCGAACCACACGGUGCAUGGCGUAGACAUGGCGAUCCUUGCUGGAGACGCGCUCUUCCCUCUCGGAUUCCACCACAUUGUCAACAACACACCCAAAAACCUCGUCCCAGAGGCACGCAUCCUCCGUGUGGUGGCAGAGAUAGCUCGAACCGUGGGAUCCACAGGCAUGGCAGCGGGCCAGUUCCUCGACCUCAACAGCAGCAGCAGCGCCAUUGAGUUCAUCCAGGAGAAGAAGUUCGGCGAGCUGGCUCAGUGCUCCGCGGUCUGUGGUGGGCUGCUGGCUGGGGCGGAGGACGAGGAGGUCGAGAGGCUGAGGAGGUACGGGAGAGCUGUUGGGGUGCUGUAUCAGGUUGUGGAUGAUAUCCUGAAGGCGAAAUCGGAAUCUGGGGAUGGAGCUGUGGAGAAGGGGAGAGGUGGGAAGAGCUAUGUUGGUGUUUAUGGAGUCGACAAGGCAAUGGAGAAGGCUGAGGAGCUGAGAGAUGAGGCUAAGAAGGAAUUGGGUGGGUUUGAGAAGUAUGGUGAGGCUGUUCUGCCUUUGUAUGGGUUUGUGGAUUAUGCUGCUGAUAGAGGGUUUAGUGUUGGGUGAUUAAACAAUUAAGAAACCAGUUAUCAGCUUAAGGGUAUUUUAGCUAUUUGAUUAUGUUAGGUCGAUUAGUUUUGCGACAUAAUAUUGAUUAUCAUUCGAACAAUUUGACAGUCUAAUCCGCUUCUCUUGUUCUCCA